UAAUUAAUGUUGCGAUCCAUUUAAUAAGGAUUCUCAAAUUUAGCAAAAGCUAAUCCUCUAAAAAAUGGAUUUAGAUUUGAGAAUCAAAAUCUUACUUGGACAUUUGGAGAAUUUGACGUAAAAAUUGAUAAUAUUAUGAGACUCAUUCAAGUGCAUUUGCAUAUGGAUUGAUUGAAUAAGGGUGGAAAUAAGGAGACAAACUUUUGUUGUUAUUAGGCAGAUCAAAUACUAGUGAAGCAGCUGCUGCUUUUAUUGGAGCUGCAAAAGCUGGAAUUACUGUAAUACCAUUUAGAUCUAAUGAUCAAAAUGACAUUGAAAAAGCAAUAAAUAUAAUUAAUCCAAAAGGAAUUGUGUUUUCUCCAAAUCAAUUAAUUAACGAAGCAAAAUUUAUUGAAGUACUUAAGAAUUUAGUACCAGAAGCUUGGUAAAGUAUGAAAAUUUAUUCAUAAAUUUUUAAGCUUAAUCUGGUUCAAUUUUAAAAAGCAAUAAAUUUAGUAAUCUUAAAUGGUUGAUACAUACUGGAUUCUACUCAUACCCAGGCACUUAUAAAUUUAGAGUAUAAUAAUAAUGAAUGUUUAGGAAUCCUUAGUAUAUGCUUCAAGAAACUUUAAUAGAUUAUCACUUCCAUAAAGUACAGGUCCAAUAGCAGCAGUAUUAAAGAAUGGAUCUUUAUAAAAUUAUUCUUAUUAAGAUUUAUUGAAAAUGAGUGAAAAAGUAUCUGGAUCACAACAUGUAAUUGUAUCUGGAGAUCCUUAAACUGUUACAAACUUUUCUAUAGGUAGAAACUAUAGAUUUUAGUAAUAGUUUUGGGAGGAUUAGAAAGAGGAUAUAAUACAGUAUUAACAGGAGGAGAAAAAUUGAAUAAAGUUCAAAAGAUUCUUCAAUAUUAUGGGAAUUAUAGUCUUGUCGUUGAUGAUUCAGUUUUAGUAGAUUAAUAAGUUAAUAUUAAUAAACUAUAUAGUAGAAGUUAGAUGUUAAUAAUCUAGAAAGUUUAUUUGUCACAGGUGAUAUUAAUAAGGCUUAAGAUAUAUUCCAAAAAUAAGCCCUUUAAUUCUGAAAUCAUUAGAUC